GCCAUCGUCAAUAGGUGAGUAUCUGCCAGUAGCCAGGCGACCUCCACCUACGUACUAAUCAGUAAAACCGACAAUCUCUGAGUACUGAAAAGUCUUAAAUGGCGCCUCCCGCCAACUUGCGCUCUGCAUCCUGCGGUGCUCCGGCGUCGGUUCUCCUUCAAAUCCGGUAGAGAGCAUCCAUGGCUACCCGAAAUCCUGUAUCAGAGCUCUGGUGGCUUGUGGACGCUUUGUGCACGUGGUGUCGGUGACACAAUCCAACCUCUUAAACGAGUCCUAGAGGUCUUGCGCGCUACUGGGUGGCGGUGCGUAGACGCCUCGCCCCAAGUCGCCUAGCCCAGGCGGCUCCUAAGUUCCCUUACAAGGCAGCUCUUAGAGCUCUGAAAGGUCUUACUCGGCACUCUAAGACCUGUGCAGGUUUUUCUGAUGCUAGUAGCUAACGGACCGCCAACUGACAAAUGUCGUCGAUUCAUCCUCUAGGACGCCGAACAGUUAACACGUUCGCGGAGUUCGGAUUCACCGUAACGGCUUGUGACUUAUCUGAAUCUGUGUCGCCCAUCAGGUUCAUCGCUCGUCGAUACCACGCACACCUCCUCGGCGACAACUCGCGCCCACGACCGCAGCCUAAGCCUUCACUGAAGAACGCCAUCAUGACGGACCCCAACUUCUAUAUCGAGUCUCCCCGCCUGUACCUGUCAUACUUCCAGCCAGCCCUCGACACGCACUGCGACUUCCUCGUCGAGCUCUGGAACUCCCCCGAGUUCAUCCGCGACGCGACCGGCGGCGCAGGCACGUCCAUCAAGGACCGCGAGGCCGCCCGCACGCGCCUCGCGACCUUCGCCGCCGCCCACGAGCGCAACGGCUACGGGAUCUUCCUCGUCAGCCUCAAGCCGGCCGACGCCGCCCCCGCAGACGCGGACGCAGACGCGGACGCAGACGUGCCGUUCCAGGAGAAGCUCCCGCGGGCGAAGCUGAUCGGGACGGUGUCGCUCCUGCGCGGGACGAGCCCGACGGCGUACAAGGCGCCGGACCUCGGGUUCGCGAUCCUCCCGGAGGAGAUGCGGAAGGGGUACGCCAGGGAGGCGGCGCAGACGCUCCUGGCGUGGGCGAAGCGCGAGCGCGGGUUGGACGUCGCGCUGGGGUUCACGGGCCCCAAGAACGCGGGCUCGAAUGAGCUUUUCAGGAGCCUUGGGUUUCAGGACUGCGGUGUUCACACGCUCGUUGAGUUUGGGGGAGAUGAAGCUGCUGUGUGGGUCUCGCCGGGUGCGGACACUGAUUUGUCGGUGUACGGGAUUUGAGGCGUGGAGGAUCCAGGGAAUUGUGGGGAUGCGUGUUUUACGUGAGUAUACCUAUGGACUUCAUCCAACAUGUACUAUCGUAUCAUACUAUGCACGAAUUUGUUGGGGUUUUAGUUGAGUUGCAAGCUGAACAAUGGUCAAAC